AUGACUACCGAGCAGACUUUCAUUGCAAUCAAGCCUGACGGCGUCCAGCGUGGUCUCAUCGCCCCCAUCAUCAGCCGCUUCGAGAACCGAGGCUACAAGCUGGUUGCCAUCAAGCUUGUCACCCCCGGCAAAGAGCACCUCGAGACUCACUAUGCCGACCUCAAGGAGAAACCUUUCUUCAAGGGCUUGGUCGAGUACAUGAACAGCGGUCCUAUCUGUGCCAUGGUAUGGGAGGGCCGUGAUGCCGUCAAGACUGGCCGCACCCUCCUCGGUGCUACCAACCCCCUGGCCUCCGCCCCUGGCACCAUUCGAGGCGACUAUUCGAUUGACGUCGGCAGAAACAUUUGCCAUGGAUCUGAUAGCGUUGAGAACGCCAAGAAGGAAAUUGCUCUCUGGUUUAAAGACGGCGAGGUUGUUAGCUGGAAGAGUGCCAGCUUCGACUGGGUCUACGAGAAGCCUUAA